AUGGGACUGGGGCAGGCACUGCUCGUGCUGUCGGCUGCCUGUGCGGUGAUGCCUGCGAAGGACCCUUUGCUGAACAUCUGUAUGGAUGCCAAGCACCACAAAACCAAGCCUGGCCCAGAGGGGACGCUGCAUGGCCAGUGUGCUCCCUGGAAGGACAAUGCCUGCUGCACAGCCAACACCAGCUCAGAAGCCCACAAGGACCAAUCCAACCUGUACAACUUCAACUGGAACCAUUGUGGGCAGAUGCCACCCAAGUGCAAGCGUCACUUCAUCCAGGACACGUGCUUGUAUGAGUGUUCACCCAACUUGGGGCCCUGGAUUGACCAGGCUGACAGCAGCUGGCGUCAGGAGAGGAUUCUUCACGUGCCGCUCUGCAAAGAGGACUGCGAGGAGUGGUGGGAGGAUUGCAAGGACUACGUCACAUGCAAAGAGAACUGGCACAAGGGCUGGAACUGGGCAACAGGAACAAAUCGCUGUCCUUGGGGCUCCAUGUGCAGACCCUUCAGCCACGUCUUCCCCCGACCGAAAGACCUGUGUGAGAAAAUCUGGUCCAACUCCUACAAAUACACCACAGAGCCCCGAGGCAGCGGGCGCUGCAUCCAGAUGUGGUUUGACCCUGCCCAGGGAAACCCCAAUGUUGUUGUGGCGAAGUACUAUGCUUGGAAGAAAAGAUCCUCCCCUGCUGGGAUGGAGAACCUGAGUCCUGAGACCGACAAAGCUGUGUAUGCUCUGCCAUGGCCUGUCCUGGUCCUGCUGCCUCUGGCCCUUGUGAUGAUCCCGGAUGGAGCCAGGGGCCACGGACUCCGUGGAUGGGGGUCCCUGUAA